AUGUCUUCCACCACCUCGAAGGGCGUCUCUAUGGGCAGUGUCUUCUGCGAGGACAACAGCCACAGCAACAUCCCGGCACACGCGCAAGACUUCGUGCGCGCCAAGUGCCCACUGCCAAAGAUGUCAGUGGAAACGAAGGGCAGCGACGGCCAAUACCACGGCCGCGCCGUUCACCGCACAGCUGUGAAGCAGCAUCAAGUCGAUCGGUAUCAUGCCACCGCCAAGAAGGAGUGGGAGAAGCUAGAGAAGGAGAAUUUGGAGGCUGGCGUUCUGGGCUUGAAGAUCGAAGCUGACUCCAAUGAGACAACACAAUCCAUCAACACAGCUGAGGAUGAUGACUCCAGCGACGAGCAGUUCGAGGAGAUUGACAGGGCGGAGGCUAUGGGUGCUCCUACCAAUGCCAAUGCCGGUGCAAAGCAGAUGGGUGGUUCAAAGAGGUCUUGGGCCAGCAAGAUCUGGAGCAAGGUGACCGGAGAUUAA